CCUCAAAGUUUCUGGAACCCUCGGCCAACGCUGUCGUCUCCAUUUUUUCUCUGUAAAACUCAGCGUUGUUCUCAAGCAGGGCGGAGGAGAGCGAGUCUCUGUUAUCUCUUUCCCGGCGGCGGAUUCGAAGAUUGCGGUAAUGGAUCCCGACGCGGUGGCGAAGGCAUUCGUUGAACAUUAUUACUCCACCUUCGACGCCAAUCGAACCGGUCUUGCGAAUCUCUACCAGGACAAUUCCAUGUUGACGUUUGAAGGUCAGAAGAUCCAAGGCGCGCAGAAUAUCGUAGCCAAGCUCACUGGCCUCCCCUUCCAGCAGUGCCAGCACUCCGUUACCACCGUCGAUUGCCAGCCUUCCGGCCCCAACGGCGGCGUGCUCGUCUUCGUCAGCGGCAAUCUUCAGCUUGCCGGAGAGCAACAUGCGCUCAAAUUCAGUCAGAUGUUCCAUUUGAUGCCAACCCCACAGGGAAGCUUCUUUGUGCUGAAUGACAUUUUCCGAUUGAACUAUGCUUGAAGUGAAGAUUAAUGGGUGGCCUGAAAUGUCACGAUAUUCAGCCAGUUUGUUUAUCACCGUUGGGAUUUUUUAGACAUUUGAAAUGGGAACUCGGAUUAUAUUUUAUUGUGUUUAUGCUUCAAUGUGUGCCUAUAAAAAGUCGAAUUUCUUGGUUGUCAUUGAGAAUUGAUGAAAUAGAUGGUUUCAUUCAGGUGA